ACCUGCUUACACAACAAAGUGUACCGAGACCAAGAGAAGUAAACGGCAGCAUACUAGAUCUUGAUUCCCCGUGUGACAAGUUCAGCGCAGCGCAAGAUGGAGUACCAGGGACAGCAGCAGCGCGGCCGCGUCGACGAGUACGGCAACCCGGUGGCCGGACAUGGCGUCGAUACCGGCGCGGCCGCCGGUGGGCAUUUCCAGCCCAUGAGGGACGAGCACCAGACUGGCCGUGGGAUCCUGCACCGCUCCGGCAGCUCCAGCUCCAGCUCGUCCGAGGACGAUGGCAUGGGCGGGAGGAGGAAGAAGGGCAUCAAGGAGAAGAUCAAGGAGAAGCUCCCUGGUGGCCACGGUGACCAACAGAACACCGGUGGCACCUACGGACAGCAGGGUACCGGCAUGGCCGGCACCGGCGGCACCUACGGGCAGCAGGGUCACACUGGGAUGACCGGCACCGGUGGCACCUACGGGCAGCAGGGUCACACUGGGAUGACCGGCACCGGUGGCACCUACGGGCAGCAGGGUCACACUGGGAUGACCGGCACCGGUGGCACCUACGGACAGCAAGGCCACACUGGGAUGGCCGGCACCGGCGGCGCCUACGGGCAGCAGGGUCACACUGGGAUGACCGGCACCGGCGGCACCUACGGACAGCAAGGCCACACUGGGAUGGCCGGCACCGGGGCACAUGGCACCACGGCCACCGGCGGCACCUACGGGCAGCAGGGUCACGCCGGGAUGACAGGCACAGGGGCGCACGGCACCGGCGGCGGCUACGGGCAGCACGGCACUGACACCGGCGAGAAGAAGGGCAUCAUGGACAAGAUCAAGGAGAAGCUCCCAGGCCAGCACUGAGCGCUGAGCAGAGCCCGCGGCCGCCACUUCUGAGAGUGGAGGUGCCGGUCGACCACCUUUGCAGAAUCAAUAAUAACAUGGCGAUACAAUAAAAUUCCACCAUACAACGUGAGCCUGGUUCACCGAGCUCACUUGCGUGUUGGAGGAGCCACCGUAUCUAGGCUCAAGUUUACGUGAACAAACAGUGUUGUUUGUUUUGAGUUUCUCGUCUGUUUACACUGUAUAAUCUUGUAAAUUUCCUUCUGGUUAAACCGUGUAUGUAUGCUUCGCGUACAGGUAAGUUAUUUUAUCAAAAAUAUAUACUCCUAUAAUAGUGUCUUAAAGAGUA